UAAACAAGCACCAAGUACUACGCUUUUUCUGAUGGCGAUGGCGAGUAUUGCUAGACGGUCGAGGAAUCUCUACUACAACAGCUCCAAGUACUACGCUUUCUCCUUGAGCAGAGGAUUCGCGUCGGGAUCUGAUGAGGAGAACGACGUCGUUGUUAUCGGCGGUGGCCCCGGCGGCUAUGUCGCUGCCAUCAAGGCGGCUCACUUCGGCCUCAAGACCACCUGUAUCGAGAAGCGCGGAACCCUCGGCGGCACCUGCCUUAACGUCGGUUGUAUUCCUUCUAAGGCAUUACUGCACUCCUCACACAUGUACCAUGAAGCCACACGCUCAUUUGCCAAACAUGGUGUGAAGUGUUCUUCUGUUGAGCUUGAUUUACCUGCCAUGAUGGCCCAAAAAGAUGAAGCUGUGUCUGACUUAACAAAAGGUAUUGAGGGUCUAUUCAAAAAGAACAAAGUGAACUAUGUCAAGGGAUAUGGUAAGUUCCUCUCACCUUCAGAA